AUGGUGCCUAUGUACGCCAAUUCAUAUAUGUACAUCUUUGAGACAGAACAUAUAUUAGAACCAUUCAAACGAAAUAUCAUAAAGUAUUUUCGCUUCAUAGAUGACAUCCUGAUAAUUUGGCGGGGUACUAAAACACAAGCUCAAGAAAUGGUGGAACACAUUAAUCAGCUCCCGACACCGAUACGGAUGACAGCUAAUGUGAACACAGAGAAGGUACAAUUCUUAGAUGUGGAACUAUCCGUGGAAAAUCAUAGAAUGGUCUAUAGCCUCUACUCCAAACCUACAGAUAGGAACACCAUACUACACUAUAAUAGUGCGCAUCCGAUGAAUUUGAUAAAGUUUAAACCUAAAGCCCAAUUUCUCAGGGUCAUGAGAAAUAACUCAAAGGAAAUGACGAAACAACAACAAUUACAAGAAAUGAAAAUGAAAUUUCUGGAUAGAGGAUACAGUGAAAGAGUCUUAGAUAAAGUGUUGGAAGAAGCAGAAAAGAAUGCGACCAUGUUACAAGACACUAUUACAGGUCCCAAAUUGGUCUUUCCUAUGACGUUCCAUAGUAAAAUCACAGAAAAUAACCAAUAUUGUGAAGCGUAA